AUGGAGGAUCGCAAGUAUUCUGACAUUAUGCGGCGGAAGCUUUCCGAGCUCGGGGCGGUGCGGGAGCUGGAACUGCAUUAUGGGAUUGUGCUCAAGGAGCCCCUCAUUUCUUUUGGCGUUCGAGAGUGGCCCACGGAGGAGCAUCGCAUUCACAGUAUCGCGCGGGCCGGGCGAGACAAAGGCCUCGCAGAUGCGCUGAGGAUCGCUGAUUGCUUGAUGGGCGACCUUUUCCGAUGGCUGGGCCCAGGACAGGGGCGCACGACGAAGGUGGCCGAACUGGAUCGCGACACAGUGGAGGAGCUGCGUGGCCUCCUUGCCAAGCAUGCAGCGCUUCCCACAAUCAGUUCGGGAUGGGUCACCUGGCCUUGCCCGGGGCUGGGCGAGGAGCCGCAAGAUGUCGGAGUGGAGGUCUUUCUGCCGUCUCAGCGGGGAGGAGACAAUCGUGGUCGAGCCGUUCUUCACCCUGGCCUUGGGAAGUACUUCGCCAAGUUCGAAAUGCUUGGAAUGAAGCGCGUAGAUGUGGCCGACGAGACCGUGUCUUCCCCACCGCGCCUCGAGCCUGCCACGGUAACACCGCUUCUGGAGGUGAAGGGAGAUUUGGAUGGCACGGCACUCGUCGAAGCACUUCGAACCACUAUGGCCUACAUCCAGCUGUGGUUGUAUGAGCUGCACCCUUCGAUUUACCAGGCCGUGGACCGCCGAAGCGAUCGGCUUGAGCAGUGGAGCAUUCGCGAGGCAGAGGAGUUGGUGCUCGGAGGUCGGCAACUUGUCGCACAUCUCGCUGCGGCGGCUGCUGUACUCUACGUCCGAGCUGGCACCCGCGGCAUGGGUUUGCGACCUGCGCUGGCGUUUUUGAUACGGAAUCCGGCCGUUCUGGGUCUGGGAGACAAGCAGGGAGCCGCCACGGCGGAGGCUUUGGCCAUGGAGGUCGCGAUUCGCCUCGUGGAAGCUACGCAGCCAGGGAAAGCGGCCGUGAACGUGAUGCGAGGCUACGGACUUUGCUCAGAGGCGCCGCCUGACGCACGCCAGCUUCGGUGGUGGUUCGGGAAGGCUCCACUUGCACUGGAGGAGGUGGAGUCCAAGACCGUUGCCAGCCGGCGGCCUGCGAAGGCUGGCGAAGCUGAGCGAGGCGCCUCCGCUUCCGAUGGCUUCGCCUUGACCUCCGGCCCCACCUCAGGCCCGAAGAGCACCCAGGCGGAUGCUGCCGAUGGCUGCGGGUUGGCCUCGGGUUCUUCACCAGGGCAACCUUCCGCUCGCUCCGAUGCGGGUAGAAGCCGUGAGUCCGGAUCAGAUCCUGGCCAGGCGUUGGUGGCAGCACUCCGUGGCGUGGCCGAAGUUGGCGAGACGGCGGAUCUUUGGAGUCAGGUGGCGCGGCACGCCAAGCAACCCCAAGAGAUGGGGAGGGCAGCUGGAGAAGCUUUCGGAGAGCAGGCUGCAGACAUUCCAGCGACAGCUGAAGAUGUGGAAGAGGAUCCCUGGGCCCGGUGGGCUCGGAACCGGGCGGCGGGGAUCGACGCCGCGGCUCCCGAGAGUGAAGGGCGAGAGGAGGAGGCUCCAGGGCGCCCCGUGCGAGGAAGUGCACCCGAUACAUCUUCAUCGUCCUCUGGCCCGUCGGCGGGUCCAGGGCACCAGCCGAAGAGUCGGGAUGAGGUUUCAGGUCCUCGUCCUGCUGGCGGGCUGCCGGCACCGGCGCCGUGGGCUGCAGAGGAGGCUCUCUCGUUGCAAGAAGACUUGGCGAAAAUGCCUCAGACUGCCCGAGAACUGGCUUCGCGCGCAGGGCGCUUGCGGACCUGGGCGGAGGAGCGCCUCGCCCAUCAUGUGCAACUGUCUCUACUGCAAUACCUGGAUGUGGAUUCCGAUGCCCUGUUGGACGUUCCUCCCGGCGGCUUCGCCGUGCCAACGCAAGGACGUCUUUGUGCGGAAGAUGAGCGACAAGUGGCGAGUUGGGGCGAACGCUGGGUCUUCCAUUACCUCAAGCGGAAGUAUGCGGAUCAGCCAAAUGUAGAGGUGAAGUGGCUGAACGACGAGGAGGAGCAGUUCGAGUUCUACGAUGUCGUCGUGAGAUUCCCGAACGGAGCGCAGGAUUGUUACGAGGUGAAGACGACGAUCACAGGGGACAACAAACCCAUGGAGGUCUCGGAGAGGCAGGUGCUCGAGGCAGCGAAAUUGAAGCAGCGCUUCAACUUCGUGCGAGUGUUCGGUGCGGGUGGGACUUCGCCGAAGAUGCUGCUGAUCCCCAAUCCGAGCUCCCAGUGGCUGCAAAAGGCGUCCACCGGAGUCCAGCUGCUUGUGAAGUUGCCAUGA